GUGGGUGGGCUGGUGGGGGCUCGGGAGCAGCUGUCUUCCUAUGGGGGAGAGAAUGCUCUUCUCCAGCCUGCAAACUCCUACCCCUUCACUCCCGCACAUUCAUCACCGUAGCAGGCCUGGAAGACCCGGGUGGCGCUGACUCAGGGCUGGGUGGGCGCAGUCGGCUCCCUGGCCACCACUUCCUUAAAGUCUGCUCAGUCACCUGGAGGGGGUGCCUCCAAGCAGUCUGCACCUCCACCAGGCCUGUCUGCAUCGCCAGCCUCCGUUGGCCCUACCAGUCUCUGCCGUCAACCUGAGGGCUCUCUGAGGUCCCAUGUCAGGCAUCCACAAAUGCUGGACCCCAGAGAGAAGAAAGAGCCGCUGGAGGACCAGCUUCGCGGGGAGACUGGAUCAAAGGACCAGAAGUCUCAGCAGCGGCCUGCUUCCCCCAGCAGGCGGCCAGACAGUGACCUAGAGGUUUCAGUUCUCGGUUCUCCUGCCCCACAGCCGGGUCCCAGGCCCUCAGGAUUGGAGGCUGCAGAGGGUGGGGCUAGCUCGGCCACACAGCAGCGGGGACGAUGCAGCAACACGGGUGAGCAGGACUUGGUCUGGGCCCACAACAGGAAGCAGCUGAGGGGCCUUCUGCCUGGGCUCCGCUGGCGGCUCGGGUGGCCCUUAGCCCUGCACACCUUAGGAAGCACCCUCCGUGCCCCUCGGCCUCUGCUUGGACAGAGGUCCCGGGGGCUUGGGACUCUCUGGGGACAGGGACAAGCUCAAAGGCAGCUGCUCCUGCCGGUGCUGCUCCCAAGGGAACGGAGGUUGACUUCCACAGACAGUCUGUUCCCCUUGCCUGAAAGGCCCCCCGAAGCGGGGGAGACUGCCUCCCGGCCUGGGCUCUGAGCCCUGUGCCAGCUGUGGGCUCACCCCUGUUCGCCCAGGGCAGCCCUCCCCACCCCCCCUGCCCCAGGCCUCCAGGGAGAUGUCUCCAGAGCUACGGUGGCCCCCGGGGCUCGAGUGCCGCGGGCUUCUGGGAAGGGACCUCACCAAGGCAGCAGCUGGACCAAAGCAGAGCUUGGACGACUCAGCCCGGCCAUAACCCUCCGGGAGGUGGGAGAGCUAGAGCGGAGGAAGGAGCAGGUCCUGUGGUGACAGGGACCCCAGCGCUGAUGCCAGAGGCAUGCCGUAUGCACUCACAACCCUCUCACCACAAGGCCUGGGGAGCCAGCGACUGCUGCCGGUGCACGACAUGGACUGAGAGGCUCCUGGGGACAAG